AGCAGCGGUACAUGUUCAUUUUGGGCAGAGAAGAGCUCAGCCAUCGCCGGGGUGCCAUUAAAGGACUACUACUGACUGUGUAAUGGUUGUCAGGGUCGCGGUGCUUCCCUCUCUGCUUGCACCGUAGCCCAGGCCAGUGUUUAAGCGGCUUUUUCUUCCCAAAAACCGCGUGUGUGUGUAUUCUAGCUGGCAGCUGGGACUUUCUGUGCUGGAUCGCUAUGGAUGUGCUAUGGAUGGCACCGCCGCUGCUGCUGCUGUUUCCACUCCUGAUGUGGACCAGCAGCACGUUUGUAUAUUAUUUCAAAAAGUGCUUUUAUGUCGCCUGGAUGAUGGUGUUGGCGCUGCUUGCAAUUCCCCUGUGUAUCCUUAAAAGCGGUGGCAGAGACGUUGAAAACAUGAGGGUUAUCCGCUCCUUGGUUCGCCAUGUCAAGUAUUUCCUGGGUCUCCGAUUUGAUGUGAGCGGUUGGGAACAUCUGCAGACAGAGGGUCCCUACGUCAUCAUCUCCAACCACCAGAGCUCCCUGGAUGUUUUGGGCCUGAUGGAGAUCUUGCCGGACCGCUGCACCAUGAUCGCCAAGAAGGAGUUGAUCUACGCCGGCACGGUGGGUCUCAUAUGCUGGCUAGGUGGCAUCGUCUUCAUCAACCGCAAGAAGACGAGCGACGCCAAGAGUGUGAUGAUUGACGCUGCCAAAACCAUGCUGGACGACCAGGUAAUGUGGAUGAUGUCACACCAGAACACCCUGGGAUUAGUGUUGAAGGAGGAUAUGUUUGAGUUUCAAUUCGUCUGUGGGUGUUUCCAGAGGGAACGAGGAAUCAGAAAGGCGACCUGCUGCCCUUCAAAAAAGGAGCUUUCCACCUGGCAGUGCAGGCACAAGUACCCAUCAUACCCGUUGUUUUCUCCUCCUACAGCAGCUUCUACCUACGGAAACAGAAGCAAUUCAAUUCGGGCACCAUCAGAUUGAGGAUCCUUCCAAAGAUCGAGACAAAGGGGCUGACGUGUGACGACAUCCCUUCCCUCUCCGACAAAUCAUUCAACCUGAUGCGCUCCUCCUUCCUCAGCAUCUCCAACUCCGUACCCCAGAGCAACGGGCCGUGCAAGCACUGAACAUUUACCUCGCUCCCGCCUCCUUCUUCUCCUCUGUCCCUCGUCUAAAAACCCAUCCCUUCUCCCCCAGACUUUCCCCCCCUCUCCCCUCCAGGUCGUCCCUCCACCUGGCCAGGAGACGACAUGACACAGUGGUGAAGUCUCCUCUUGUGUAGGCGACGGCCUGAACACACAGCACAGCCGGUCCCGACCCUCUGCGGGUCAGCAGCCGCGCUGCGCCGCGAGCGGAGUGACGGACGGCUGGGCCGGACAGUACAGAUGUAUGUUGUUCUUCAUGCAUGCCUUUUGGAUGGCUCUGUCCACCUCCAUCCACGCUUUCUCUCUGGCUUUGUGAGCCAGGCUUAAUUAUUUUAACGUCUUACUUUAUCACCAUUUUGUACUUUUUAUUUUUGGGCCUUUUUCCUCCACCUGCCUUCUGUUCAGCAGAUAAUCCUGGGCUUUUUUAUGUUCAGGGAAACCCACUUGUUCUUCUCAUACUGCAUUUAUUUGAGUUACCCUCCUGCUCACACUAAUUCAAAAGGACUUCAUCUCCUUUUAGUGUGUGUGUCCCCUUAUCUGCAUUCCAGUCUCUUGCCUAAAGACAAACGGAGCGGGGUCUCCUGCACUGGUGGAGUGUGCCGUGGUGAGAGGUCAACACCGGUCGGCUGAGAACUUCUUAAGUUCUGUCGCUAUGAAUUCAACUCUGAUCCCAUUGGCUUUCAAAUUCAAUCACCAAAAAACUCCUCGACAUACGUCAGAUAGCCGGGAAUUCAACCAUAGCACCCAUCUGUACUGGGUUACUGGACUUUAGUGGACUGAUCAGUUUCAGUGUUGUGCAUUGUGAGUGUAACAUUGUGCAUUUCUCUCCAAAAGAUUAGAAAUAACCAGGUGCAGAAUCGAGCAACAAGUGUCUUUGUCUCGCUGUGUUUUUGAUUUUUUAAUUUAUUUCUAAAUGGGAUAAUCUUGCUUUGUCUUUUUUUAUUAUUUUUAGAAGUGACUUUUGCUCCUCGGAAAGGAACUCACAGGUGAACCUAUUUAAAGAUGUGUCAAAAAGGGGAUUUCAGAUUGUGCAAUGUGCAACGUUUUCUUAGAAGUACUGCUCCAAAGUGCAAGCUACCGGCUGUGCCAUGACAAAGUGUUAUUGGAAAGUUUCCAAAGUUAAACCAUUAUUAUCUCGACUGAAUAUUCUGUCCUUCAGGGACUGAUUUCACUUUACCAAUGAUGUCAUUUCCCUUUACCGAUGAUACAAGGUAGCUCUUGUUGUAGGGAAAAGGGUAAAACUUUAGAAUUGGAAAUUAUUUUAGAUCUCAAGCUUUUUUUUUUUACAUUGUCUGAUUUUUAUUUGUUCUGAUUAACUUGAAGAUUCACUAAUUAUUAAUAAACCUGGCACACUUAGGUCUACAUCUCAGAAUGGUUUAAACUUUACCCACAAAAUGCCGAAUGACUCACUCCGUGUCACUUUAGAUUCUUGAAGAAAACGUCAGGAGUCCAAUGUUUAUUUUGUUCUAUAAUUCAAGGUGACAUGGGGUGAGUCGUUUGAAUCAGAAUGGUGAUUUCGUAGGGGAGGUAUUCCCUUAAGGUUUGUCCCCAUAUUCGUUUUUAUCCAUACUGUAUGAAGGUGAUAGCCUCGUUUUAGGUGUGAUGUUCUGAUUCAGUUAUUACUUAACCUCGUAGAAGGAUAUUAGAAUAUUUUAAAAGCUGAUGUUGGCCUUAAGUUUGAUUUUUCUUGUUGUUGCACCUUUUGGAUUGUUGAGCUCAAUGUAUGUAUGCUCAAAUUCUGUUUUAUAUCAUGUGCUGACGAUGACCGCUAUCCGCAUAGAACCGACUAAACUGUUUUGGUUUACAUCCAGGUCUUACAUUUUACUUUGCUCACUGCCUUUACACUGUUUCCUAAAUCAUUUGGCCAUCAAACCCCAUCUGAGAAUGUAUUUCAGCAUUCAGGAUAUUAGCGUACAACAAAUAGCAUCUUAAUGUUUUAUCUAUUUCCUAUGUAUUACCAUGGGAUGUUGUCUGGUAUGGAGGAGGUUUAUGGGUGAUUGUGAAACCUUUUUUAAGAUCUGACCAAAAGUGAUUUAUUUUUUGUUUGUUUAGCUCUGAGAAUCUCAGAAUUCUGACUUUUGUUCUCAGACCUAAACAAUAAAUACAAAUAAUUACUUUUUUUCUUCUGAAAAUCUCUUUUUUGUAACCCUGAGGUUAAGGUCAGAAAUUUGAAAAAGAGACUUGUGUGUAUAUAUAUAUAUAUAUAUAUAUAUAUAUAUAUAUAUUUGUUUUUUUAUUAAUAGAAAAUAUGAAUAAUCUGAGAAAAAAGUCAGAAUUCAGAAUUCCUGAUUUCUUUUUUGUGAAAAUCUCAGAAUCAAGUUUUUUUUCUCUGAAUUUUGACUUUUUUUUCUUUUGGUCAGAUCUCCAAAUGAAAUUCACAUGUGGCCCUAAUCCUGGGCAGUGGGCGUCACAUCUAUUCACAUUUAUUUUGUAUUAUUUGACCAUUUAAUGUUAAAUUUAUUCAGAUGUUUUUGUGCUGAGUCCAAAUUUACCAAACGUUACUAAGCCUGUACGCUCACAGGGGAGAGCAACAUGCCUGCUGUGCUCGGCUUUAAGUACACAUGACGGUAAGGGUUUCAUUUAAUUUCAAGGCCAGUAUAGUAUAUAUAUCCCCCCUAUUAAUACUGAUUGAUUUCUUUUAUUAGUUUAAACAUAUUUAUGGAGUUUAAUCUGCAGAUUUGACCUUUUGCAGCAAGUGGUUUGAAUGUUAUAAAGUACUCUACCAAAAUGGAUUUCUUCCAAAAUAUGAACUAUACCAUAAACAUUUAGCUAAAAGAGUGUUUAUCCAUUUUAUUUCCUGUUCAUUUCUUUGUUAUUUUGUAAUACAGAUGUGUGAUUUCUAAGCUUUGUGUCAUGAGCUUGAACUUGUGGCGAGUUUCUCUGCAGCGACCCUGCUGGUAGAAAUGUUGGGCAGUUGUUUACGAACACAGAUACUGUAAGAUAACAAAUAUUCUAAGUAGUAUUCUAAACCUUAAUAAAGCACUUUUAAUGCUGAGUUUGGGUGGAAAAAUAAAACAAGGACUUCAACUUUUCUCUGAUUUUCACCAAAGCUAUUAAAAGUGUAAUUGGUUGUUGCUUUAGAUGGAUAUGAGAAACAUCUGACAUCCUGCAGAGGCUUGUGUGUGUGUGUGGUCCUUUACUGUAUGUGUGUGUGUUAUUAUGCACACCUGGUAUAGACGCCCAUUACAGUAUAUGGUUAAUAUUCAUAAUAGAGUUUUCUUGAGUUCACUUAUUCUGGGUAAACGUGAAUGCCUUGCAAAAGAAUAAAUAAAAUGAUUCUUUUUUUCUUAA